CUACAGACCUGUUUCAUAAAAUCUAAAAACGCGAAGUGGGUGAAAGACUGGAUUCCUCCACAUGAACUUGGAAGCUGAAGUGAUUGUGAUUCUUGUUUAGAGGCAAAAAAAGAAUCUCUCCGAUCUCUUUCCUUCGUACACUCAGAAUAAACUAUGCAGAUGGGGUGUAAGAUUAAUUCAAACCCUACAACUCUCAUCAAAUUCUCCACAAAAACAGCCAUCGUAUUCUCCUCAUUCAAUCCACUCCAACCAGGGCCAAGGAUUCGCCCAGUUACCUCCACUUUCUCUUCUCACAACCAAAACCAACAAGAACCCGUCACAACUAGCCCCACCACCACCACCCAAACUAAGUUGCCAAAGCCUGAGAAUUACAGUGUAAAGUUCAAGACACUGAGGGGCUGCAAGCUUGGCAUCUCCAGAUAUCCAGACUUCGAAUACAACGCAGAGGGAGGGACCGGGACAGGAACUGGGUUGAAGAGCGACUCUGGCCUCCCGAAUGAAAUUUCUGUAUCUUUUGAUCUGCAAACACUCUAUAUCCCACCACUGGCAAGUUCGACGACAAAGUUCCUGGGAUUGCCAUUGCCACCAUUUCUAAAGAUUGACAUUGUCCCAGAGCUCUUCCAAGGGACCAUCAACGAAGAAACUGGAAAGGUUGAUCUUGAAUUCAAGGCGAGAUUCUGGUUCUCCGUUGGGAAGAUCUACAGAGCACCUCCACUGGUGGUGGAGACCAUGCUGACAUCAGAGGAAUCGAAUGGGAAGAUGAGGAAGGGAAGAGGGACAAAGCUGGAUAGAGAAGGGAAGUGUAGGUUAGUUGGGGUGGCAACGGUUGUUCCUAUAAAUGAUGUUUUCAUGAAUUCCUUCCUCGGUCUUCCAACCGAAUGCCUUGCCGAUUUGAAUGCUAUAAUCAGUGUAUCUUGUUCCAGUUAGUCCCGAUGCAAACUCCAAAUUUCAUACACAAGCUUAAUCUUUCAUUCUUUCCAACAUGUAUCUUGUUUCGAUGUAAUAGAGAGAAGAAAAAAAAUGAGAACCACAUACAGUAGUAGCCUUCUGGAGCUUUACUUCCA